CAUCUUGGAUGUUGCCUUUUGUCACCCGGACGUGCUAAUUGAAUCAACGGAACUUGGUCGUUAUUCACAAGCAAAAUGCUUUACAUUUUACCCGGGUGAACUAUGGGGAUUAUAGUAGAGCGAUCAUCUAUAAGAGAAAGGUUAAAGGCACAAUUAAGACCCUGAGAUGCUUGUUUUCACAGUCGGCUGGAACGCAGGGUCAGCGUCAGGAUGCUAACAUGCAGGAUAGCAUUUUGGUACAACGCGAUAAACUUCACCAAGAAAACCACGGGUCGUCCUGACAGAUAAUGCCUUAUGAGCCUUGGGUUGGAUCAUGGAGGCCUCACAGACCACGAGGGCCCAUAGCUGCUCUAUAUAGCAGCCCAGGCCCAAAGUAUGCACUGCCUUCGUUGACAGGAUCUAGUAAACAUGAUCCUACAAAAUGCAAGGCACCAAGUUACAGUUUUCGGGCAAGCUAUGACAUAAGCAAACAAGAUAACUCACCCGGACCAAAACACCUCAUCCCCUCAAACAUUACCAAAAAUGGCAGAGAUGGAACGCCAGCGUUUUCAUUUGGUAGCCGUCCAAAAGAUCUGACACGUGACCAAGUCCCUGCACCCAACCGCUACCACCUUGAAAAUGCAGACAAGUACACGUACCACUCUUCUCCUUCAUAUACUUUGUCCGGGAGGUGGAAACAAGUCAUAGAAAGCAACCAGACCACACCUGGUCCAGCAUCCAACAUGCUGCCUCCUGUGUUGGGUCCUAAAACAGUCAAUAUACGUGCAGCGCCUGCACACUCAAUUUAUGGCCGAGGCAAAAACGGAAACACUUUCGAAGACUACACAAAGUCUCCGGGCCCUGCAGCAUAUCAAGCCGUGGACCCCAAAAUCUACUUAACAAAAUCUCCUCAGUACAGCAUGCCGGGCCGCAAGUUUGUACCUGAGAAUGCAACAAGGACACCAGCACCUGGAGUAUACUGUCCGGAGAAGGUCACCACCACACACAACAAAGCUCCAGCCUUCACGUUUGGAUUACGGCACUCAAAAUACACAAUAUGCCCCAUUAUGGAUGUGGAUAAAUAUCAACAGUCAUUUUCCUUUGCUUGAAGUGGACAGUGUCAGAUUACGCCAUCAAAGACAGCUGUUGGUAUUUAUUGCUGAGAUCCCAACAGUUUGGAAGGUUCAUGACUUCUAACUAAAUCCUACCCAGGACGCCACACAGGGAAUCCAAAGAGGUUGUUGUCUGUUAUGUGGCUCACAGAUGAUCGUACAGCACCGUGUUCUACUUCACUAACUGGCGCAUAGUCAAUGGUGUCAGAAAAAUCUUACAACAUUGUGUUGCACAAUAUUUUUUAAUAAAAAAAAAAUGUGAAAGUCAUUUUAUAGUUUAGGUGCAUAUGGUUAAAAAUAUUCAUAUGCUGUUGAAAUUCUUUUUUUUUGGAGGGUGGAAGCUGGAAAUGACACAGCAAUGUCAAAUGACAAAAGACAUUGUGUUAUGUUUGCUGUUGUCCAAAUGUCUGAAAUGAUUUGUUGUCUCACAACCUGGCACAUCCAACUUGGUCUAAAUCUUGCUAUAAAAAAUUAAUGUUUCACAAUGGACAAAAUUACAAAUUUCACUGUUAUUUCCUGCUAAAAAGCCAAAACUAAGAUUCGGGUUUGGAUAUGAAAGCUAUAUGUUCAACUGUAGUCAAGUGACCCUAAAAAGCUCACAUACCCCUUCAGACAUUUGAGCUGAAGCCAUGUACCCUCUACUCUUGCACAUGUAAAAAAUUAUAAACCUAUGAUCAUAAUAUUUUAAAUUCUAUGGUACUUCUGGGUCAGAAAUAUGACGUUUUCACAUGAGCACUGAUGAGAAAUCAUUCCAGUUUAAUGUUAGCAUCCUUCCGUUUGAAGCGGUUGAAUGUCAGCUUUACUUUUUUGUCCACUCAUGAUGACUAUGGUUUAAAGGGGACUAUAUGCUAAUUUUCGCCACUUUGUAUUGAGGGACUAUCUACCAGCUACACACAAUAACGCACACAGAAAGCUUUCUAGGUCUUCCAGAUUCUGCACCUCUUUCUGCAGUGAUUCAUGGACUUCCUGCUUCCGACCCAAAUUAAUUUACACACCCACUACGCUGUGGUUAGUCACACUUCCGGAUACGUAGUGCAGGCAAUCUGCAGCCGAUAUAAGGAAGCCCGGAUUUCAUUGACAUCAGUAGAACUCUUUGUAGAGAAAACUAAAACCGAACGUGCACACUCUUGGCCAUCCAAAACGUCUUUCAAAUCUCAUUUCCAAACACGAAAACCUCAUUAUCUGACGCAUUGGCAUCGUUUAACACCAGGAUACAACAUUGUAACAUUUUUAAGUCAGAAAAGUGGAAAAAGCAAAUUAGUUCCCCUUUACCAAAUAUAGGGCUAAGUCUAUCAAUC